UCUGUCAAUCAGCAACAUCACUUUCUCCAGGUGUGUUACCAUUCAAAUACCGCCAGUGAAGGGCGCUGCCAACAGGUGAUUUGCCUAACCAGUUUCCUCGUUUUUAUUCAGCUAUUCAAAUGCAGAGUUACUCUCAUAAGGCAGAGAGAAGUUGAGCUCAAAAGACAAGCACAAAACUCUAUGAGGGUCUGCGUUAGAAACCGGCCUAAUUAUGAUGCAUUGAGUGGGAUGAGAGAGGACAUCAAUCUGCAGUGAUUGUAAACGAUUGAGUUGUGAGGCUGUACGAGGGGCGUCUUCAUCAUUUCUUCGUCCCUCCCUCCUCCGUGUGUCUGACGCUUCCUGUCCCUGCUGGCCGCUGAAGGCUCAACGUCCUCCCUCUCUUCUUCUUUCACUAAAUCACGCCUCCCUCCGUCUGUCCAGCAGUCAUGAAUCCCUACAGAGACACAAACCUGAGCUCUCGCCCACGUGAUGGUCUCACUGCUCCCGGCUCUUUACCAAGUCCACCUCCGUAUUCACCUCCCGACCCUAUUAACUCCCAUAAUCCAUCUCUGUCAGCCGUCUUACCGUCUCCUGCAGUCAUCCAGACAGGUCAUAGCUCCGUGACAGUUUUGAGCCAUAACUCAAUUCCCUAUCUGGCCCCCUCAAACCAAGAUGGAGGUCAAAUCCUGGUCCGAGCACCAAACUCAGACCGCUCUACCUCGCCACUCCCAGGCUCAGAUCCAGGCUUCAGCCUCAGGUCCAGGCCUCAGUCCAGCCUAGCUCCAGUCUCGUCUCUAGCUCAAACUCCAUCUGCAGAGUCUGCCACACCGAACCCUUACCCUGCCCCCGCCACACCCCCCUCCUGCCAGGUCUCAGUCAUCAUCCCGUCCCCAGACCUCCGCCCGUCUCCUCUCCAGUCUCAGUGCUCCGAGGACACCUGCCCGGACCUGGAGUGCUCCAUCUGCUUCAGCCAGUUCAACAACGUCUUCCGCUGUCCCAAGAUGCUUCAGUGCAAGCACACGUUCUGCCUGGAGUGCCUGGCACGCAUCAACGUCAAGUCAGCUCAGCCCAACGCCAUCCAGUGCCCGCUGUGCCGCGGCCUCACGCCCCUGCCCGUCCUCGGGCUGCCCAGGCUGGCCACGGACCCGGACGUGCUGUCUUACCUGCCGGCCGCCAUGCAGAGAGUCUACAGCAUCCGCUUCCUCCGCAACAAAGGGAAGCUGCAGGUCAAAAGGUCAUCUGAAGGUCGUCAGCGGUGGGGUCAGAGGUCGCUGUUGUCUCUGAGGUCGAUGAACCGCUCUCUGGACGUGGGGCUUCCCAGCCCACCCGUCGGGGGUCGCAGCGAGGCGGGCGGCGUGGGCGGAGCUCUGUUCAGACUGACGGGCCGGCCGGGGUGCCGAGCCUUCCUCCUGACGUCUGUGGUGAUGAUGAUGGUGAUGCUGACGGGCAUCAUCAUCUUCCUCCUCACCUUCAAAAGUUAACACGUGAGUGACAUCACAUCCUGUCUUCCUUCUGCUUUUAUUUCGGUGACUGGAAAAACAUAAAAGCCAUCGAACAGUAAAAUUCCACCAUCUCGAGGGAACUUUAUAUCCCAAUCCAGCUAAUGAGCAACAUCUGUUUCACUGCUGUGGUUAAAAGAUGAAAACUGAUCCAGAUGUGCAAUAAAACCCGUCGUUCCAGGCUGUUGUGCAACAAGCAGCUUUUAACUCGCUGGUCACAUCCAAAGCCAAGACGGAGGAAGAGCUGCUCUUAAGUCACCUGAACUGAGAAACUGAAGCACUGCUUCGUAACGUUUAACUUCACGCAGAUGUCUGAAUAUACAGACUUCCCACAUUGUUUUAUGUUCAUUCCUCAAAAUUAAGUUAGGAAAUGACAAUCCUGUAACAGCUGAGGUAUGAAACUGAGAAGCAGUGGACUUUAAUCUGCUUCACAGAACUGAACUUGUGCCAAAAGCUUCAAAUGAUUAGCUAGCUGUUUGGGGGGG